AUGUUGUCAACGCUGGAUAUUGCGUAUUUGAAUGACAAGCCCUGCCCUCGUCGGAUCAUUAUCGUUGGAGGAGGCAUUGUCGGUGCAGCACUCGCUUUCCAUCUGUCCAAGGCGAAAAGUGGACAUCAUAUUGUCCUGAUUGAAAAAAGCUUGGACAGUUCGUUGGGAUCUACCGGCCAUGCUCCAGGGUUCGUAGGCCAGCUUAAUGAGUCGCCUGUCUUGACUCGACUCGCCCAAGACACCGUCUUAGACUACCUCUCCAUUCCUGGUGGUUUCGACUCUGUCGGCGGCCUGGAACUUUCCUCAACUCCCUCUGGCUUGGAGAUGUUACAGAGCCGCCAGGCAAAGGCACGGGUGGCUGGCUUACCUGCGGAGCUGAUCACGCCGGAAGCGGCAGCUUCUCUUGCCCCAGACUUCAUCGACGCCAGUUCAGUCAAGGGUGGCUUGCAUUUCCCAUCAGAUGGAACUGCAAAUGCAAAGGUAAUUACAUCCUACUAUUUCGAUCAGGCUCGAAUCAGAGGAGUGGAUUUCCUGGAAGCCGCCGUUACAGGCUUCGAUAUCAAGGGAGGCAAUGAUAAUAUCACGAACAUAGCCGCCAUUCGGACUGAAAUUGGGGAUAUCAACUCAGAGGACAGUACCGUGAUACUCGCCACUGGGGUUUGGACAUCUUCAUUGAUUUCGGCCGGCAGGAAAGCCCCUUUGACAGAACUUCCGAUUCCCAUUGUCCCCGUCGCACAUCCUUACACCUUUACUCUGCCGCGACCACCACGGGCUGGGAGCCCAUACCCGUUCGUUCGUUGGCUUGAUCAUCAUGUUUACGCAAGAGACCACGGCAAUCGGGACGGUCUAGGCAGUUACAAUCAUGCUCCACUGCAGCUCGAUCCGACAAACAGCGCCAUCGGAGCCUGGCCGUCGAAGUUCGAUCAAGUGUUGUUGGAAGCGUCUUCGAUCUUGAAGAAUGGAAAUGAUUUCCAAGUCCAGGGGCAUGGUGGGGGACCGGAGGAGCCUUGGUUACCGGAAAGGCCAUUCAAUGGCAUCUUCUCUGUGACACCUGACAAUCUGCCAUUCGCUGGUCAGGUACCUGAUGUUGCUAAUUUAUGGCUGUGCGCUGCGAUCUGGGUCACGACUGCAGCUGGUACGGCUAAGCUGCUGUCAAGAAAGAUUCUCGGUGAUGCUUUGCACUCUACUCUUCCCGAAGAUGAGGUUCUUCUGAGCGCGCUGAAUCCUGCACGCUUUCAAGGGCUUGAAGCUGGUAAGCUUGUGCAGCAAGCUUUGGAAAAAUAUAACGAUAUAUACAAUCGAGAGACUUAG